UGCCAAUGGUUGUUGUUGUUACAAAAUUGGAUGAACUCAAUGAAAAUUUAAUGAAAGAUGAAAACCACGUUUAUAGAUGUUUGGAGGCUCACGAUGCUAUAAUGAAAUUGUCAGACCUCUUUGGAGUACAGGAGAAAUAUAUUUUCCCAAUAGUGAAUUAUAUAAACGACGUCGAAGUAAAAGAAGACAAGGACAGGCUAGCACUAGAAGCUUUAGACGCAAUGGUUAGACUGACAAAUGACUACCUAGAAGUGCAUAACGAACGAUGGAACAAACAACAUAUUUUGAGAGAUAUGACUGACCUUGGCAAUAACACACUACGUGUCCUAUGUGUUGGAGCAGUAAGUAGUGGAAAGACGAGUUUCAUUGACUCCAUAUUUUCUACCUUAGAAGAGGAGAUAUGCUCAAAAGCAUCGGGAGGGUACAACAGGCGGAAAAUUAAAGGUUGGCAAUGUUCCUUCCACAACUGAAAAGUUUCAGAUGUAUCAGUUAAAAUACAAACACAAGUCAGAAAAUAAACUGCACAGAAGUAGCGUAUUUAUCGGGGAUUUACCUGGUUUUCAAGAACAUUGGGGUAUAAAGUUGGAAGACGUCAAGCAUGCAGUUCGAGGUCACGUUCCAAACAAUUACAAAAUCAAAUACGGAAUAAACAGGGAUUCAAAAGAAUUCACAAAACGCCCCGAGAAGAAAGACAAGGUGAACUGUGUUUGUUUGGUUUUUGACAUUUCUACGCCUGCUGACGAACUGCCAGGUAAAAUACAGGAAACUUUCAAGAGUUUCCAACGAUGGCUCCUUGAUAAAAAGAUUCCGUACAUUGUCAUUCUGACUAAAUGUGACCUAUUGAACACUGAUGUAGAGGAAUGCAAGUAUCGGGUAUUUGAAAACAACACUUUAAAAGUAAACAAAGACAAACUCAUACAGAUGUUUGGCUUCAAACAAAGCAAAAUGUUUCCAGUUGUUAACUAUAUCCAUGAAGAUACAGUUGUACCGGAGUGUGACGCGUUACUUAUUGCUGCUCUAAGAGAAAUUCUGAAACUUGGAAAAGACUGUUUUGAGGAUUUGGAUGACAAUGUUUCUGAUGACAGUGAUAACGAAGAAAAUGGAUCAGAGGAUCGAGAGACAAAUAAAGCCAACAGCUAGUUUAGUGACAUAUUCAAAAGCGUCUAAUGAUAAAAAGACGAAACAUUGAAAAAUGUCAUAAACCUCUAACUUCUGAAGUGUCUCGAUAAACAACAUAAAUUUAGGUCCUAUAUAGAGAUUUUUAAUUAGGCUUAUUGAUAACCGAACAUUUUUAAAGCAAAAAGGCACGUUUUAUGAAUAAUAUGGAAAAUAGUUUACAUCAAAACUGUAUUUGUGAAAUGGUCAUGCAAAAUAAAAACACAGAGAUAAUGAUACUUUUUUCACCUUGAGAUAAAAAAAAACAAUGAUUUGUAUAUACAAAAUACGCAAACAGAAUUUUUGUAUGUAAAAUGCUUUAUUUUGACCCAAUAUAUGCGGAAAAAAAUUGAUCGCAGACAUCUCUCUUGGUUAUCUGCUUUUGCCGAGAUGAGAUAAAUGAAAAUUCAAAGCCAACCGAAGAUCUAAAGGUCAUGCCCAUGUAUAUCUUGCUCUUACUUUGUUUAUUGUCGCAAUGGCCAUUAACUCACCAUUGUCUAUGAUCUCUUUAAUCAUUGACGCACAUGAAAACAAACGCAUAUGAUCGCUUAUCAUUCAUGGUCGCAACGGCCAUACACGCGCAGCAUUACACAUAUAUGUUUAUGAUCACAAUAACCAUAAACGCAAAUGUCUACGAUUACUAUAAUCAUAGAUGCACAUGACUAUAACUGUUAUAUAUGUUUACGAUCGCAAUAACCAUAAACACAUCUGUCAAAAUAAGUGGAUACAUGGGUUUACCUCUUAGCAUAGCCACUCGAGCGAACCCCGGCCUCUUAUUGCUAUCAUUGAAUUUGAAGAUGCUUGAUGGAAUUUCCUCCCUACUCCAGUAACUUCCCCAUAAUGAACCAAGAUCAGGGGAAGUAAUCCAUCCAAGACCUUAAAUAAUAAACAUUGCCUUACCUUAAACUGUGGUACAAAGGACGAUUUAACCAACCGCUCCACUUGUCACUUGGUGAAUAUUUUGAAUCUGAUUACUUGCAUUUGACCCAGCUUGCGGGCAGUUAAACUUGCCACGAUAA